CUGCGCCUGCGCAGAUCGCGUCGCUCACCGCAGACGCGCGUCAACAUUUCAACAUUUUGAACGUUCGACGUUGCCUCCGCGGAUGCUCCCAGGUUCAAGUCAUCUUUAUUUACGUAUUGCUGCUUUCUUCGAUAUGGAAAAUGACAGACGGGGGAAACAUGAUGUUGCCUCCAUUCCACUUCCUGGUCCGUAACUGAUUCGAUCCUCAGGAAGAAGACAGCCAUUUGUAGACGAUGGACGACAAGCGCAAGAAACGCAGCCCCAAAGUGUCCCUCCCGCAGCCCCCGCCUCCUCCCGUCAACCCACGCAAGCUCUCCGUCCUGCCUGCCAGCAAAAGCGCCACCUUCUCUCUCGGCCUGCCACAGCCGCCGUCCCCGAAAAACCGAGGCAAGUGCAAAAGGUCGGCAGGGGCUACGGGACAGCCCAAAGAGGGGCUGGCGGGCGUGGUGGCUCCGCCCAAAACUUGCAGGACCCACAAGGAAAAACCCAGGCCCCCCCAGCCCGCAGGGUCCAACAAAGUAGUACAGUCUUCUCCCCUGCAGCACUCCUUUCUUACCGAUGUCUCGGAUGUGAGAGAGAUGGAGGGAGGCCUCUUGAACCUCCUCAACGAUUUCCACUCGGGCAAACUGCAGGCAUUUGGUAAAGUGUGCUCCUUUGAGCAACUGGAACACGUGCGCGAGAUGCAGGAGAAGCUUGCGCGACUUCACUUCAGCAUGGACAGCCGGGUGGAGGAGCUUUCCGAGGACCAGAGGAAGUGCGCCUCAGACCGCAACCUGGAGCACCUGCUCUGCAACCUGGAGGACCUCAGCACCUCAAUACAAAAGCUCCACUUGGCCGAGAACCAGGACCUGCCCAAGACAUCUGCUCCCUGACUAAGUGAGGUGUUGAGAGGCCGUAAAAUCCCAGUCGACCCUGUUACCAUGACGUGGGCCGUGCGGUUGCCAUAGUAACGUGGGCAAGCAAAGGGAGGAGCUGUAUUCUUUCCAUUAAGCCACUGAAGGGGCGGAAACAAAACACUAUCAAACUCUGCAUAAGAAAUAUGAAGACAAUUAAUGAUUGAAAUCUGUUUAUUUAGUCAUCUAAAAGUAUGGGACUUUUUUUUUUUUUUUUUAAAUGGGUUCACAUUACAACUACCGGUACAUACUUUUGUUAAACAAUUUGUCUUUGGUAACAUUUUAAAUGGGAUGUAAAUAAAAUUUCAACAUAAGACAAUCUUCACUGGAAGACCAAAUGCACAUUUUAUGUAUUUCAGGAAUAUUUGAGGUAUGAAUACACAUUUGUAGUGUGAGUAAUGGACAAAUGUCAUUUUCUUUGUACUGUAUAUAGAAAUAUGAAAUGGCAGCUACUUCCACAGUUGAGUUAAUUUAAUAGCUGAGUUUUUGCGAGAUGAUGAGUGUUCCCUGCCAGGCAAUUUCAAGUUAUUGCUGGUGCAGGCCCUCAGCCCAUCCAAUUAUUUUGUGUCUAUUGUGAAUCUAUUAAUAAACACAUUUGGGAUUGAC